CUCCUCCUCAGGUGAGGCAGCCAGGCCUAGCAGGCCCCACGCCGCUGCUGCCGCUGCCUCUGCCUCCUCCGGGGCCACCGCUGCGCGGGGCCACCAUGCUUCUGCCCAGGCCUGGAGACUGACCCUAAACCGGCACCAUCUCUCAGCUCCGUCCCCACCUGCUGGACCCCAGGGUCCCACCCCGGCCCAGGAGGUCAGCCGGGGAAUCAUUAACUAGAGGCCGUGACAUGGCGGAGAAGGAGGGUGGCCGGACUGUGUCGUGCUGCUCUGGACCCAAGGUGGCAGCUCUCACUGUGGGGACCGUGCUGCUCCUGACAGGCAUCGGGGCGGCGUCCUGGGCCAUUGUGACCGUUCUACUCAGGAGCGAGCAGGAGCCGCUGUAUCCAGUGCAGGUCGGCCCGUCCGAUGCUCGGCUCACCGUGUUCGACGAGACGGAGGGCACGUGGCGCCUGCUGUGUUCCUCGCGCUCCAACGCCAGGGCGGCGGGGCUCAAAUUGGCUGAUCAUCCGCCUUUUGCCCCCCUCCGGUGUCUCCAUCCCUGCCUCUCUCACAGCGACUGUCCCCGGGGCCGUUUCCUGGCUGCCAACUGCCUAGACUGUGGCCACAGGAAGCUGCCCGUUGAUCGCAUCGUGGGAGGCCAGGACACCAGCCUGGGCAGGUGGCCAUGGCAAGUCAGUCUUCGCUAUGACGGAGCACACCUCUGUGGGGGAUCCCUGCUCUCCAGAGACUGGGUGCUGACAGCCGCCCACUGCUUCCCUGAGCGGAACCGGGUCCUGUCCCGAUGGCGCGUGUUUGCCGGUGCUGUGGCCCAGACCUCACCCCACGGCCUGCAACUGGGGGUGCAGGCAGUGAUCUAUCAUGGGGGCUACCUCCCCUUUCGGGACCCCAACAGUGAGGAGAACAGCAAUGAUAUCGCCCUGGUCCACCUCUCCAGUGCCCUGCCCCUCACAGAAUACAUCCAGCCCGUGUGCCUCCCAGCUGCCGGCCAGGCCCUGGUGGACGGCAAGAUCUGCACUGUGACUGGCUGGGGCAACACACAGUACUAUGGCCAACAGGCUGGGGUACUCCAGGAGGCCCGAGUCCCCAUAAUCAGCAAUGAUGUCUGCAACGGCCCUGACUUCUACGGGAACCAGAUCAAGCCCAAGAUGUUCUGUGCCGGCUACCCUGAGGGUGGCAUCGAUGCCUGCCAGGGCGACAGUGGUGGCCCCUUCGUGUGUGAGGACAGCAUCUCUCGGAUGCCACGUUGGCGGCUGUGUGGCAUUGUGAGCUGGGGCACUGGCUGUGCCCUGGCCCAGAAGCCAGGCGUCUACACCAAAGUCAGUGACUUCCGGGAGUGGAUCUUCCAGGCCAUAAAGACUCACUCCGAAGCUAGCGGCAUGAUGACCCAGCUCUGACCUGUGGAUUCUCCUCGCUGCACAUGCCUCCAGGGCCUGAGCGGAUCUCAGUGGCUCCAGCCCCACAUGAUGGGGUUCACCCUGGGCCAGGGAUGGAACAUUUUUCUUCUUGGGCCCAGCCCACAGGUCCAGGGAUACCCUCCCUUCAAGGUCCUCUCUUCCACAGUGGCGGGCCCACUCAGCCCUGGGACCACCCGAGCCUCACCCUCCUGAUCCCCAUGUAAAUACUGUUCUGCCGUCUGGGAACCCCCAUCUAGUGGCCUUGAUGACAGGAUGCUCUUUAAAUAAUAAAAAUGGUUUUGAUUAA